AAAAAGCACUGCUCAAUAAAAAAAACAAAUCAACAAAGACCACUUUGUAAAAAAAAAUUAUCUACGAAGACAUUGGCACCUGGCUUGUGUUCUUUCUUUCCGCUCUCCCUUCAACAGCUUUUUCGGAUUUUCUCUCUUCACUUUCAAGAAUAAGGUGUUUGUGCUCAGCUGAUUCAAGUCCUUUUGGCAGCUACUGGUUGCUGCAAAUUUGGCAUUAACAUUUUCAACUAUGGCGCUUUCCGGAACUGCUUUAUCCUUCAAUGGACUUUCUUCUACUCUCAAGGAGUUUAAUUUCUUGCCAAGUUCGUACGUCAAAAGCUUUCAAAAAUGGCAUCAUGUCUGUCUGUCAACCUUGAAUCCAAAUAGGUUAGUUUUUGGCAAAACUUUUGAAAGAGGAGACCAACUGUGCCUGUUGCCUAAUCAAUGCCUCAAGUUGCAAAUGGGAAGAUUGAAGACACGAGGGGCACGACACAAAGUAAAAAGUGAAGACUCAGAAAGCAUGUUGAGUAGUGAGAACAUUGCAUUAGAUGAAAACACUUUGCAAGAGGAGCUGCAGGACGCCAUUGCCGAAGAGAAUUACGUGAAAGCAGCAGAAAUAAGAGAUACUCUAAAAAACCUUCAGAAAGAUAGCAAGACAGCAGUGUUUGGAGCGAACAUCAGGUUUUACGAUUCGUUCCGGAAUGGCGACCUUGCAACCAUGCAAUCCAUGUGGUCAAAAAGAGACGAGGUAUGCUGUGUACAUCCCGGUUUGAAAGGAAUAUCCGGUUACGACGAUGUUGUUGAGAGCUGGAAUUUUGUAUGGGCUAACUAUGAAUUUCCACUAGAAAUUAAAAUAGAAGACAUUAAAGUGCAUGCUAGAGGGGACAUGGGGUAUGUUACUUGCAUGGAAUUUGUAAAGACGAAAGGAGGAAGAUGGGGAGGACAAUUCGUAACGAAUGUGUUCGAGAGGAUUGACGGCGAGUGGUUUAUCUGUAAUCAUCAUGCUUCACCAGUGGACUUAUGAAUAGAUACAUAGUAGUUUUACUCUGUCUUGCCUUUCCUCUGACCACAUUUUCCAAUUUUGUUGUGUAUUGAAUCUUCAUUAACCUCCAAAGUUUCUCUGUAUGUUAUGUUACAUCUUGACAACACAGGUGAACUAAGUUUUGACAUGUGGAUUGUUGGAUUCAUGAUGAAAAGCCUUUAGCCAGAGGCAAAACAUAUAGUUGACUUCUUCUCUCACCCCUAUUGCCCUCUGGAUUGGAUAACGUAUAUGUUUUUUUGGUCAAAACACACCUCCGAAAUGAUCAUUGCGGACGUGUUAAUUGGGGGCUUUUGAUAACAUAGUAGGUGGGAGAAGAGACCACCAACAUAUAUGUUCAUAGUUAGGAUUUAAGUGGUGCAAUGAUAGUUUGCUGCAAAAUAACUAGUUUCCUUGUCCAUUUUCAAUAA